AUGUCGCGCAACGUGCAUUGGCGACAACAGCAGCAUGAGUCGAGCAGUACCACAUCCGGCCGCAGCGACCGCUCUUAUGAGACCGCCCCGACAGAGUACAGCGACUCACAUCGCCCAUCCAUAGCCAGAGCUGAGACGGGCUAUGCUGGCGAGACUAGUUAUGGCCGUGUCCAAACCAGUUCGCGAGACCAAGACUACUUCACAUCAAAUGUCCACCGCCAGCAAUAUCGAUAUGAACAGCCUCUUCCCCAAUCAUCGGCCGACUCGGUCGACACAUAUGUCUCCACCUCAGAAGAAGAAGACCACGCCGACGAUGCCGACGACGACACGCCAGAUUACGACGUUCCAGUCUAUCGCCAUGACCCGCUACCGUGCGAUGCUAUUCCAACGACCCCCCGCGACUUUGGACAGCUGUUCCCCACAGCUAAACGCUUAUCCAUACGUCACGACGAUUCCACCAUAGAUGGCAACAUGAACCUGAGGGUCGACACACAGGUCGAGGAGCGAGGCCAUCGAAAACAAAGUUACACACUCUUCCACUUGCGCAUGCAAGAUCUUCGAACGCGCCAAUUUUCCCUACGUCGCUACUGCAGAGAAUCUGGCCGUGAGGUCUGCCACUCGAUACGAAAGUACCAGCAGCCAGCGGCAGAGAAGCACCCUGUCCUGCAGCGUGCAAGCACAGCCAUCGCCAACCUGGUCAAGUCUGAGUCCCGUCCGACAACAUCGUCUGGUCUUAAACGGUCUGACUCCGGCUAUGAGUCAGUCCGUGGUACACCUCACGCCGACGAUGAGGAAGACGAUUUCGUCUCGUCUGAGAUGCGUUCCAAGUCUGUAGGCUACAGCAAGGGUCGUGCGCUCAUGCCCACCAAUACCAUCAAGCUCGAGUUUUCCAAUUAUGCCCAUCUCGAUGUGAAACGGCGAGGCGCCAGAUCCUACAAGCGCUACGCUUUCGAGCACUGGGGACACGAUUACUCUUGGAAGCGCAUCAUCAAAAGGGACAGCCAGCGCGAUCCGGAAACCGUAUCUUAUUAUCUGGUCCGCAACGACAACGAUAAGGAGCCCUUGGCACAUAUAUGCCCUGUACGAUUAAGUCCAGAAGAGUCGCGAGAGGAAAUCGCAAGGGGUGGCUGGGUGCCGCCUUGCUAUAUGCGUAUCACAGAUGAAGGCAUUCUGAGCUCUGACACGGACAUUUCAGACGUCGUUGUUGCAACAGGUCUCAUGACCCUUGUGGACGACUGUAUCAAGCGUCGGUUUAACUCGCAACAAAGUACACCGUUACACAUUCCACUGCUCCGCACAUCAUCCUUUAAGAUGAACAUGGAGUAUAUUGGUCCGAUGCGCCUGAUUGAUGAGGUGUUUCAUCGUAAACAAUCCGAUAGUGGAACUUCAAAAAGACAACCAUCUGCGUUACGCAGAGCCCCAACGUCGGUAUAG